AUGAGUCUGCUCACCGACUUGGCGAGUAGCACUUCGGUGCUGAUCUUUGGUCCUCCUCCUCCUGUUCAAAAGGACCCUCCGCCCAAACCGAUAACUCCCCCGGCGCCAACCUCACCUGCUUCGAUCAAAGCAGCACUGCUUCGACCGAACCUCGGGCUAUCGGAUCUCAAGGCAGAAGAGAAGAUGCUGGCCACCAAAGCAUGUACAAAACACAACGAGUUACCCCUCCCUCCUCCGCCAGAUCCAGAGCAUGGGCAAACAGCGUCGUCAAUUCUGAUCAGCACCGGUGCAUCGGCGAUGAGUUUUCUCGGGAGUGCCGUGCUGAACAUUGGGUCUGCUGCUGUGUCUGCACUCGGCGCGGUGCCAGAGGAAGCCGACGGGAAAGCAUCGCCCUCGAAAGACGUGAAAGUCAAACACACAUCUGCAUCCUCCGCUAAUGCGACGAUGCUGGGCAGCCUGUCGACCGCCCUGCUCACCCACGCAGCUUCGGUGCGCGAUGCAGCCAUCGGAUCGGUCACGAGCUCUGCCGCUUCGCUCGCCUCCACCGCCACACACGUCCUCACCGACGCCGCCACUUCCACGCUCGAUUACGCUACAGGCAGAACCUCAUCUACAUCCACUACGAAUCCACCGGAACCCCGGACCGUACGCCGUGCAGCCACCUUGCCCGUCCAGUUGACAGCUACGGGCGAACCCUUCUCGUCCGACCCCAGCAUCUCGGCCAUGCAGCGCAUCCCCGACCACUCGUGCCCGCCCCGUCAUGCGCUCACUCACUGCUGUUCCGCCCCCGACGUCCUCACUUCUCUCGCUGAAGAGGAGCACGCAGAGUGCACGUGUAAGUGCUACACCGCUAUCGACGCGGAGGACGCAAACGAAAUCGAGGGGUAUUCUUGCAUGUGCCAUGAGAAAUCCGCGUAUGCAAAGGGCCAAUCCGGCCACUUCCAUCGAGUGGAACAACUCGUCAAAGGUACAAAAAGGGUCGUCAGGGAUAUCAAGAAUGUCCUUUGA